AUGCCUCCUUCCCGACCCAAGACUCAGCAGAAAAACGCUGGGAAAGAGAAGGUGCUCAAUUGUGAGAGAAACUCCACAGGAGACUCAAAGAUCUGCUGUGGGAAGAGGAGGGAAGGUAACUCCUGCUCUGACUCCAGCAGUGAAGGCCAUGGAACCCACAGAACAGGUACGAAGGAGGCUGUGGUGGGCAGCACUUCCUGCAGUGAAGAGAAGAGCAGCUCUUCUGAAGAGAGGAGCAGCUCUCCCGAGUUAGAUGGCAACAGUAAGAAAGAAGUGGUGCUCAAAGAUCCUCCUGUGGGUGAAGAAAAAGGCUACAAGGAACUAGCUGAUGAAAGCAAGGAAGCAUCUAUUGAACCUGAAAAGGAGCUGGUGACCACAGGUGGAAAAACUGAAUCUGAGGCUGAAGGCACUGAAUUUGCAGGGUUGGAAGCAGAGGAGAAGAUGAGGAAGCCAGACAACACGCUGAGACAACCAGAAUGUGCUCCAGCUGAGAGCAGCGAGGCAGAUGAUCAGUUAAGCACUUCAGGACUCCAAGUUAAGAGUGUUAAGAACAGGGAAAAUAUUGAAAUAGACAAGGAAAAUAUACUAGAAAAUGACAGAGUUGAAGAUAUGUCAAAAGAUGGACACAUGAAUUCUGACAACAGUGGGGAGAGCAGCACUGCAGAGAACAUUGAUGAAGUAAAAGAAAACAAGCCAGAACCACUCCCAACUGCUGUGAAAGCAGAACUCCACGUUCACCUUUGCAAAUAUGAACAGGAAGAGAAGGUGAAUGAUGAAGACAGAGAGCUAAAAGAUGGAUCUUUCCACUCCAAGCAGCAAAGGACAUUGAAGGAGAAACCUGGGAAGUGUGAGAACCCAGAACAAGGUGAAGAGGCUGGAGAUAGACAGAGGCACAGUUCAGACUGCAGCAGGCAGGACCUACCAGCACUGAUGCUUCCAAAGAAAUGUUCUUCUCGAUCCCACAUCCCACUCAGUCUGGAAAACCAGCAUAAAAAUGCUGAGACCAAACUUCCACCAAGCCAGAAACCAAAUUCUGCCCAGAUGGCUUUGGGAGCUAGCUCAGACUUGAACAAUGUUGAAAGCAUCUGUUCAAAAGCCAUGACUCUAGAAACUCCCAGUAAACAAAGAGAACCCAACACAGCUCAGAGUUUUGGAGAGAAAAGAUUAAAUACUUCAAGCUGCUCCACAAUUACAAAAAAAUCAUCUGAUAAGCAGCCCCAUGGAAAGAAGAAGAAAGUUGGAAAAGUUAUUGGAAAAGUUAAACAGAGUUCAGGCCAGUCUACAAAGGCAAAAAAAGAGAAAGCAGAAGAAGUGGUCGCAGAGGCACCUUCUGAAACAGAACCUGUGCACGGUGGGGAAGGAUCCAAGCACUUGCACACUUGCUCUGCUUUUAGAAAAGUCACCAGCUGGCUUGGCCAAAAACCUGCCAAGAAAGCAAGGCUGAAAGCUCGACUGCUGAGUGUGGCACGUGCAAUUGGUAUCUCCAGAUGGCUCUUGAAGAAGUUUGGGAAGAAGAAGAGCAGCAAACCUUUUGGAUUCAGAAAUAGAAUGGCAAUCCGGAUUCUGAGCACUGCUGGGUGGGUCGCUCGGUCUGGCAAAGCCUUCCCUGGUGCAGCUGGACAGCUGGAGAGGGCUGACCCGAGGGACAAAGAAUCUUCUGCUUCAUUAGUGGAGGGGAAAGGUGGUCCUAACAUGGUAGAGGAAGUGGGACACCUUGAUUUGUCUCCUGGUGAUCCCCCUCUUCAUGGAACCAGUUCCUUUCCAUGCUCGGAUGAGAAUAACAGUGCUACUGAUGCCAAGUUUGCUGUAGUGUUCCCCAGAGUCCACAGCUUGGUUAAGGCUAAGAACUCCUUGUCCAAGGGCUUUGGCAAUGGUCAUUCCCUAGAGAAACUGAAAACUCCAUCAGAGAGAAAAUCUGUCCCUCCUGUGCAGCAGGCUUGCAGAUUCAAAUGUGACCUUCCCAGACCUCUGCUGGAUCCAAGCCAGAGAAAGAGCAAGCAGGGCUUCUUCCCACACCGAGAAGAGGAGCCACUCCAUACCUCAGCUUCUUGCAGUGAGGUAGAUACCAAGGAGGGUUCAGGUGUCCUCCAGACUGCAGGAUCCAUGGUCACUCCUAGUGUGCACUGGUCCCAGCAGCAGGGGCAGGGAUGGGACCCUGCAGCGUGGCUGAACUCCGAGCUGCUGCUGCCACGGCCAACCAUGGAGAACCUGAGCAAAUGGGCCAUCUCCAAGGAGCCCCAGCUGGCCAGCAGCCGUGUGAGGGUCUGCAAGGACCAGUGGGAGGCAGAUGAUGCUGCUGACAACGUGCUGGAGAUGGAGUUCAUGCAGAAAGAGGUGUACAUGUGUGAAGAGCACUAUGCAGAAGUUGAGGAGGUUGAAGAUCUAACCAGACUGGAGGAAGUCUCUGAGAGCUCAGUCCUGCAGUGCCUGAAGAAGAGGUUCCAUCGCAAUCUCAUUUAUACUUACAUUGGGCAAAUUUUGAUUUCUGUGAAUCCUUUCAAAGACCUCAGGAUCUACUCCGAAGAUGUGGCUACCGAGUACCAACAAGGGACUCUCUCAAAAAAUGCCCCACACAUCUUUGCCAUAGCAGAGAUGGCCUACACGCUGUCCCAGUCGUCAGGGCAGGAGCAGUGUGUCCUCAUCAGUGGGCACAGUGGAUCAGGUAAAACAGAAGCUGCCAAAGCCAUUGUGCAAUACCUGACCAUGCUGUACCAGGAAUCUGACAGCCACAGGAUCAGACAGCCCUGCAGUGUCCUACCCAUCCUGGAGAGUUUUGGAAAUGCAAGAACCAUCCUCAAUGACAACUCCAGCCGUUUUGGAAAGCUGCUGAAUGUCCACCUUCGACAUGGCAUUGUGGUGGGAACAUCCAUCUCCCAGUACCUGCUGGAGAAGUCUCGUGUGGUGUUUCAGGGCAGAGCAUGUGAAGUCCUGGGGAAGGAGGACAGUCAGGAUUUUCUGGUCUUGGUGCGAGCUCUGGAGGGAAUCAGCCUCUCAGAUGAUCAGCUGAACUCCACCUGGGCUGUCCUGGCUGCCAUUCUGCAGCUGGGGAACAUCUGCUUUACCUCUUAUGAGAAAGAAUCCUUUGAACACGCAGCCAUCGCCAGUGAGACUGAGAUUCAGAUUGUGGCCAAUCUGUUGCGUGUCUCAGCAGAGCUGCUGCAGAGAGCUGUCACUCACCGUGUCACUGUUACAUCUUAUGAUCGGAUCUUCACCCCUCUGUCUGUAGAAGCAGCCAUUGAUGCCAGGGACUCCAUUGCCAAGGCUCUGUACUACCUGCUCUUUGAGUGGCUGCUGCUGAGGAUCAAUGAGUGGUUGGCUCCCUGGGAGUCUGACUGUGCUGUGGGCAUUGUGGACAUCCAUGGGUUUGAGGAUCUGGGGGUGAACAGCUUAGAGCAGCUCUGCAUCAACUUUGCCAAUGAGCACCUCCAGUGGUUCUUCAGCCAGACUGUCAUUGCCCAGGAAGAGGAGGAAUACAGCCAGGAGCAGUUAGCUUGGAUUCCUAUUUCCAAGAUGUGCAGUGAGUCAUGCCUGGAUUUCCUUACUGCAAAGCCCCAUGGCAUCUUGUGCAUCCUGGAUGACCAGACAUCCCUGACUCAGGCCACAGACCACACUUUCCUCCAGAAGUGUCAUUACCACCAUGGAAACAGCCCUUGGUACAUCAAGCCCAAGCUGCCUCUGCCAGAGUUCACUGUGCAGCACUACGCUGGCCCUGUCACCUACCAGGUCCACAAGUUUCUCAAUAAAAACCGUGACCAGCUGCGGCCAGAGGUGCUGGAUAUCUUCUCCCAGAGCCGCCUCAAGGUGGUGUCUCAGAUUUUCCAGAGGGUUAAAGCUGCCUAUGGUCAGCGAAGGGAGCUGGGGGGCAGGGGCAGAGGGCUCAGGCCUCAGGCCUCCACACUGGUGUCCAAAUUCCAGCAGUCUUUGCAGGACCUCACAGCCAAGCUGAGAGGGAGCCAUGCCUUCUUCAUCCGAUGCAUCACCCCUAAUCCCAGGAAGCUGUCAAAUGUCUUUGAUGUGGAAUAUGUCAACUGUCAGCUGCGACAUUCUGGGAUACUGGAGGCCAUCCACAUUCUAAAGGAGGGGUUCCCAGUCCGUCUGCCAUUCCAGAGCUUCCUGGCCAGGUACGGGCUCCUGGCUGGGAGCAGGCCCAGCAGCUUGGAGCAGAGAGAAGGCUGUGCAGCAGUGCUGGCUCACGUGGUGGGGACCCCCUCGGAUCUCUACCAGAUUGGGGUGACAAAGAGGAAAUUCCGCCGCCUCCUGCAGCGCCGGCGCCUCCGUGUCCUCCAGGAGAAAGUCACGCUCAUCCAGGCUCACUUCCGAGGUUACCAGGCAAGGAAGCGUUACAUGAGGCUGAAGAAGACUUUGGUGCAAUUUAAAACCAUGUUUAUAAUCUCCAGACCUUUGAUUCAGAGGAGGAAGCGCUGCCAGGACGUGGGGCUGCUGGACAUCCCUGCAGAGCUCGCAGCCCUCCUGCACUUUGUUGAAGGUCGACACCAAGCACAGGCCAACCAGAUAACUGAGACACAGCCCCCAGAAGUCAAAGUCAAGGAUGACCUUUCCCUCCCACCCACCAUCAACAGCCAUCCCUUCUCCUCCUUCAUCAGAUCACACUUCCAGAAGCCAGAUUUCCCUGCCCCUGGUCAGCCUCUGCAGCACCCUUUAACCCACCUGGAUGCUGAACACCAGGAGAGUGCACUUGAGAUAAACAAACUGAUUUUGCGGUUCAUCGGUGACCAGAGUCUCCGUGGCUGGCAGGAGGUCCUGCUGGGCAACUACAUUGCUGGGAGAGGUUUGAGUGAUGCUGCUCUGCGCAAUGAAAUCUUCAGCCAGGUGGUUACCCAGACCUGGAGGAACCCGGACACGGAGCGCAGCCAGCGAGGCUGGGUCCUGAUGGCCACUCUGCUGAGCUGCUUUGGCCCCUCACCAGCACUGGAGAAGCCACUGCUGAAGUUUGUGUCAGACUAUGGCAUGGAGGGCUACAGUGCUGUCUGCCAGCGCAAGAUGCUGACGGCAGCUCAGUGCACAGAGACAGAGCCUGCGCCCUCCCGGGCUUACCCUCCCACCCAGCUGGAGUGGACAGCAAACCAGAGGAGAGGGAAGAUGGUGCUGGAUGUUCAUACCUUUAAUGAGGAGAAGUUCUCAGCUGAGGUGGAGUCCUGGAUGACUGGGGAGCAGUAUGCAGCCUGGAUCCUGAGUGCAAGGGGCUGUGACAAGAACACUCGAGGGUGGUCUAUCUCCAUGUUCACCGGCCACACAUGGCAGGACCUGCUGGGCUGUGACUUUGUGCUGGACCUCAUUGGAGAGAUGGAGGAGACCAGCAACUUUGUUAGCUCCUCCUGGGCACCCACUGAGUACCCCAUCACUCCAGAAAGGGGCAGGAGCAUCCUGCAGUCCUCUGACCUGGACAUGAUCCCUCCUGCUCCAGGUAUCCAGGCCCCUGCCUUCCCCCCACCCAGCCUGCCUCCAGAACUUAUUGGUCUCCAUCCAGAUCCAAGGUUUAGAGAUGACCUGAGGAUCCCUGUGGGCUUGGAUCACUAUGUGGAUGAUCUCUUCAGCCCUGUGCUGCAUCAGAGCUCCAGAGUAUCUGAUAUCGAGAACAGGGAGAAUCUCACCAGACGCAUGAAAGGAGGUGGGAAGAUUGGCCCCACACAGAGAGGAAUCUUUCCUUCUACAGGCUUUCCUGGAAUGACUCAAACACCAGUUUACCAGCCCAUGCCCUCCAUGAUGGGGAUGCCAGCAGCCAUGCCCAUGAUGCCAGGGGUUGGUGGGGUUGCACCUAUGCCAGCCAUGGUGAUGCCCCAGCCCGUGGCUCCAGCUGUAGAUCCCAGCCAGCUGGCAGCACAGCAGCAAGCCUUUAUCAACCAGCAGGCCAUGCUCAUGGCCCAGCAGAUGACCCUUCAAGCCAUGAGCAUUUCCCAGCAGCAGCAGCAGCAGGAGCUGCAGAAGCAGCAAAAGUCUCUUGAGAACUCAAGGCCAAGAGUCUCAAGCCCAGCACAAGCCUCAGCCCCAGCCACUCUCCCAAAACCCAAGAAGCCUCCCAGCAGCCAGGCUGCUGCAACACCAUCAAGGUCUCCAGAGCCACCAGCUAAGGCAAAAGAGCCGGAUUAUGACUACAUGGAAGAGGAGUUCUCCAGCGGCGAGGAUGAUGACUGUCCUCGGGAAACCUUCCAGCAAAAGAAAGAGUACUUCCAGAAGCUGGGAGAGCAGCACAUCCGAGUGAAGAAAGUCAGACCUAGCAAAACCUGGACUCCUCCAGCAAAACCCCAGCCAACAGAGGAGGAGGAGGAGGAAAAAAGAGAGGAGCUGGAGAAGAGGAAAAAAGAGGAGCUGGAGAAGAGGAAAGAAGAGAAGCCUGUCCCUAAACCAGAGCCAGCUCCUGCUUCCCCUCUACCUCCUGAGCCAAAGCCAAAAAAGGAGACACCAAAACCAAAGAAGGAGCAGCCUGUAGUGAAGCCUUCAGGCCCUGAGAAGCGUCCUGCACCCAGCCACGAGAUUGGGAACAUCAUCAAAAUGUACCAGAGCAGACCAGCCCCCGAGCCCCAGCCCUUCCAGCCCACCAGAGUAUCCAAGCCAUUUAUAAAGAAGAACGACCCCAAAAAUGAGGCUCUGGCCAAGCUGGGAAUGAUGAACCCCUCACCUCAGCGAUCACCAUCUCCUGUGCCACAGGAGAAGAAAACACCUCCACCUGUCAAGCCCAAGCCAGGCCCAGCUUCCAGCUCUAUCAAGGAAAAGCAGCUGCCUCUCCUGUCCAUCUUCAAACCAGAGGGUGCCCCACCAGCUGCCCAGGCCCCUGAUGCUCCCCCUCUUCCCCCACCAACCCCUGAGGACCAAGGCAGGCAGGAACCCACAGGGAAGGACUCUGCUGUGACAAUGGCAGGUGAUGAUGGGAUCAAGACCCAGCUGUACAAGCUCACCACCAGUGUCAGCUUUUCCUAUGUCGACCCUGCCUGGAAAUUUUUUCUGCGCAAAGAGGUGUUUUACCCCAAAGAAAAUUUCAGCCACCCUUAUUGUCUGAACUUGCUCUGUGAACAGAUCAUCCGUGACACCUUCUCCGAGUCCAGCUUUCGGAUCUCCAGGGAGGAGAAGCGCAAGAUGAAAGACCUGCUGAUGGAGUUCCGAGUUGGCAACACUGCCCAGUCCAUUCAGGAGGACGGGAUAAAGAAGAGGAUUGUUGUGGCUGCUCGGGACAACUGGGCCAACUAUUUCUCCCGCCUUUUCCCAGUUCAGGGUGAAAAGGGAAGUGAUGUGCAGCUCCUGGGUGUUUCUCACCGGGGCAUGAGGCUGCUGAAGAUGGAGAAAGCAGCUACAUACCAUCCCGAGCACCUCAAGAUCCUACGCAGCUACUGCUUUGCAGAUGUACUGUCAGUGGAGAUGAAAGGCAGCAAUUCCCUGGAGUUCUCCCUGAAGACAGAGCAGCUCAUCCUGCACUCUCCGAAGGCUCCGUGCAUCAAGGCCAUGGUGGAACUAUUCAUGCAGGAGCUGAGGCAGGACACCAACUAUGUCGUGGCUCUGCGCAGCUACAUCGUGGAUGACAAGAGCCUGCUCAGCUUCAACAAGGGAGACCUCAUCGAGCUGCUGCCCAUGCAGGGUGUGGAGCCAGGGUGGCAGUUUGGCUCCACAGGUGGCCGCUGUGGUCUCUUCCCCACCAGCCUGGUGCAGCUGGCUCCUGCCAUUGACUACCUCAGCAGCAGCAUGGACAGACGGGGAGAGCAGAGGAAGAGCACCAGAGCUCCCCCAGAGAGCAGGAACACCAGCAGGGAGAGUUCUGUCCUCAGCCUGACACCAGAAGCCACCAGCACCAUGUUAGUCCCUGCUGGUGACCAUUACACCAUGAUUGACUUCGCCACUGCCUACUUCCGAGAGGCUCAGUCCAUGCAGGGCCUGAAGGGGACGUCUGCUGAGAAGAAGAAUGUGGCUGAGCUGGUGCAGCACACCAAGGUCCCAAUCCAGGCGUCUUUGCUCCGCUACUCUGACAGUGAGCUGAACGAGCUGGCUACAAAGAACUUCCAGACACUGAUGAGGUUCAUGGGAGAUCAUCCAAAACACAAGCAGCAGGCUGAGGUCCAAUGCAUCUAUGAAAUCCUUCAGCUGUGCAAGGAGAAGGAGAAUUUGCACGAUGAGAUCUACUGCCAGGUCAUCAAACAGGUCACCCACAACCCUCAGCAGGGGAGCGAGCUGCGGGGCUGGCUGCUCCUAAACCUGCUUACUGGGUACUUCCUGCCUUCCAAAAUCCUGAUGCCCUAUGCCACCAAGUUCCUGCAGCUGGCCAGCAGUGAUCCAUCCAGCACCCACCAUGAUAUAGCCAAGAUCUGCCAGAGCAACCUGCGCAAAAACUUCCUGUAUGGGGGCCGUCGGCACCUCCCUUUCCCUGUGGAGAUGGAGGCACUGCUGAAGGGACACAGCGCCCGCCGGCUGGUUGUGCUGAUGCCUGGAGGCAUGGAGUACCUCACCAGGAUCAGGACAUUCACUGUGGCCAAGGAGCUCUUGCAGGAGAUCUGUGAGCAGAUGGGAAUAGGUGAACAGCAAGAAACACAGGACUUUGUUCUCUUUGCUAUCAGGAGUGACGACAAAAAUCUCGGUAAAAUGGUGAGACCAAUAAAACUGGAGGAGUAUCUCCAUGAUUACCUGCUGGAGGACAAGCUGGUCACUGUGACCUUACGCAGGCUCAUCUGGAGGACACCUCUGCACUUUGACAACCAGGUUUACACAGAUGUCCAUUAUGGACAGGUGCUGUGGGAUUACCUGAAUGGGAGGAUCCUGCUGAACCAGAACAAAGAAAUGGAGAUGCAAGUGGGCCUUUUGGCAAUGCUCCAGCACUGGGCCAAAGUGGAGCAGCAGAACUCUGCUCCCUCCAGGGAAGAGCUGAAGGAAUACAUUCCAAAGAGCCUGCAGGCCUCCAUCAGCCCCAAGGCUCUACACAGCAUUGUGGCCACACUGCUGAGAAGCAGGCAGCCCCUGCAGCCACGGGAUGCAAAAAUCCAGUUCAUAGAGCACGUGAUGAAAUUGCCUUUCUUUGACUACACCAUCUUCAUAGUGGAGAGAAUCAGUGAUGACACGAUCCCUGUGCCCUGUUUCUUUGGUGUGAACAAGGAGGAGAUCAUUGUGGUGGAUGGCACCACCCAGGUAUGCCAGACAAUCCCCCCGAUAUCUGUCACAUAUGAACGCACUGGCCCAGAGCAAGAGAGUAACACCUUACUGUUUGUCCCAGUCCUGUGGGAGUUCCAGGGCUGUAUCCUGCACACACCACCCUGUGCCCCACACACCCUCAGCUUUCCACAGGAUCUUGAGGUAACUUGUGGUGAGAAUCAGAUGGUUUCACUUUGGGGCCUGCUCCUGAGAGUGGCUGGUGGCUUUUCCCUCUGGCAGGUGGUGUCCCGGGUGAUUCCCCUGAAGGAGCUGCAGAAGAUGCGCACCCUGAGGCCCAUCUCCGACGGGGGCCUUCCCGGCCUGGAGCUCCACUAUGGCUCCCCUGGCAGCCCCAGGGCCCUCUGGCUGGAGCUGUCACAGGCCAAAGAACUGUACCACACGAUUGUUGUCAUCCUGGAUAAAACAGAGCUGCACUCCUAG